AAAUCACGUUGUCUCGGGCCGUGGCUCUUGGCUCGGGAGCCGGAAGGGGCUACCUUGGGGCUCAGGGCGCUGGGCCAGCGCCUCCGGCCCCGGAGCCUUCCACGGGUGGGAGAGCGGGGGGUCCCCAUCUCUACCGCUCCCUUCAGCCCGUCUCAUCUCAGGUUCUCAUCCCCUGCUCCUCCCCUCAGGGUCAGGGGCUCCAAGCCUUUGUUGUGGGGGUGGGCGGGCAUCACCCUGGGGUAGGAGUCCAUCCCUUGACCCGGCCCUCCCUCCCUCAACAGUGGGGUGCACCGAAAUCAGCCGAGGCAGGGCACCCCGCCGAAAAAGGGACAUCUCGGGUUCUGCUCCAGCUGGCAUUUGGGCCUCCCUCCCGUCUAAGUCCAGGGACAGCUAGCCCCCUCCCCGCCAUCGGACCCCGCUGCCUUUCCUUCUUCCUCUAACACCCGCUGCUGUAAGCCUGUGAUCGUAGCAGGCCCGCAGCAGGUUGCCCCCUCCCUCUAAUCCAGGAUCCGGGUCUCAGGGCUGUCCCCCAGGCAGGGGGUUGGCCGGCGUCGAGCUGUGGUGGGGGCCGCAGGAGGGCCCGCGUGGACUUUGGAUGGUGGUCCGAAUUUGGGGGCAGGGAGGGCGAGGACCGAGCUGCAGAUGCCUAAACCGUCCCCGUCCCCUGGCCCACCUGGCACGAGGGGCUGCCACAUGGUUCAGCCCUGGGCAGUUGGAGGAAAAAAACCCGUACCCGGUUGGAAACUGGGUCACGGUCUCCUCCUUCGCCGAGGCCGGGCAGAAACAAGGAUCUGGUGCCACCGCGUGCAGUGCCAGGCCAAGCGGUACCUCCUGGGUCAGGAAGCGGAGGGAGAGGAAAUCCUCGCUACCGCUUUUCCAGGGCCGGCCCGGGAGGAGAGCAGGAGCCGACCCACUCAGCGCCAGUCUCCUCCUCAGGCUGCAAACCGCCGGUGGGCCGGGAAAGUGAUUCCCAACUCCGUUGCCCUGCAAUCUCCCAAGCUCCGCACCCGGGAAGCGCCGGAUAAAUCCCGACCGGCUGACUCACUGUUGCGGCGGCGGCGGCGGCGGUGGGCAGCGUUGGCACCGCGGCCGGCCGUUGGCAUCCUGGGCCCAGGCGGGCGAGCUUCCCGGCCCGGCGCGGGGCCCUAUGGACAGGAGGUCGCUGCUGCAGCUCAUCCACCAGCAGCAGCUGGACCCCGACAACACCGGUUUCAUCGGCGUGGAGACGUUCGCGGGGCUGGUGCACAGCCAUGAGCUGCCCCUGGACCCCACCAAGCUGGACAUGUUGGUGGCCCUGGCCCAGAGCAACGCUGAGGGCCAGGUGUGCUACCAGGAGCUGGCAGACCUGAUCAGCAGUAAACGCUCGAGCAGCUUCAAGCAGGCCAUCGCCGGCGGGCAGCGGGCGCUGCCCCGGGCCGGGCCGCUGGACGAGCCGGGCCUCGGCUUCUACAAGCGCUUCGUCCGCUACGUGGCCUACGAGGUCCUGCCCUGCGAGAUGGACCGGCGCUGGUACUUCUUUCAGCCCCGAACGUGCCCGCCCCCCGUCUUCAUGGCCACCGUCACGCUCACCCAGAUCAUCGUGUUCCUGUGCUAUGGAGCCAGGCUGAACAGGUGGGUACUGCAAACCUACCACCCCCAGUACAUGGACAGCCCGCUGGUUUACCACCCCGGACACCGCGCCCGCGCCUGGCGCUUCCUCACAUACAUGUUCAUGCAUGUCGGGUUGGAGCAACUGGGCUUCAACGCGCUCCUGCAGCUGAUGAUCGGCGUGCCCCUGGAGAUGGUCCACGGUUUCCUGCGCAUCAGCUUCCUCUACCUGGCAGGAGUCUUGGCAGGCUCCCUGACCGUCUCCAUCACGGACAUGCGGGCGCCGGUGGUCGGCGGCUCCGGCGGGGUCUACGCGCUCUGCUCUGCCCACCUGGCCAACGUGGUCCUGGUAACGAGCCGGGCAGAGAGGCGCGGGGCAGGGGGAACGGGCCGAGCUGAUCCGACCCGGCCUGAGGGGUCCGUCUUUCCGCCUCAGAACUGGGCCGGGAUGCGUUGCCCCUACAAGCUGCUCCGCAUGGUGUUGGCCCUGGUGUGCAUGAGCUCGGAGGUGGGCCGGGCCGUGUGGCUCCGCUUCUCCCCGCCCCUGCCCUCCUCGGGCCCCCAGCCCAGCUUCAUGGCCCACCUGGCGGGCGCCAUCGUGGGCAUCAGCAUGGGGCUGACCAUCCUGCGCAGCUACGAGGAGAACCUGCAGGACCAGUGUGGCUGGUGGGUGGUACUCUUCUCCUACGCCACCUUCCUCCUCUUCGCCAUCUUCUGGAACAUCUUCGCCUACGACCUCCUGGGGGCACAGACCCCACCGCCCCAGUAGCGCCCGCCCCGCGCCCCCCCAAGUGCCGACGCCGCGGAUUUCUUCACCCGACGGGCUCCGACGCUCGUCUCGGACCUGAACC